AUGGAUGACGUCACGGACAGUCUGGCCUCGGCGUGGAAGGAGGCGAUGAAGGGGGUGAAGACGGGCUACAGGAAGACAAAGGCGGCUCUCAAGAGCAUUCCGAUGGACCGGCUCAAGGCUAUCUCGGGCAGCGGCGGUGCCAUGUCACAAGGAGACAUUCGACGUUUCUUCCAGAUGAAGUACGGCGCCGAGGUGCGCAACGCGGAGGGCGAGCGCGUAGCGGCCGCCGAGGCCAGCGACGUCGAGAGCUCCGACGAGGAACCGCUGACAGACGCGCAGGUGCAGGAGAAGGUGGACAAGAAGUUCUUCGACAAGACGUACGACCCGGUCAAGUUUGAGCUGGAGCACAUGGACGGCUUCGCCUACACGGACGACGAGGCGGAGAGCCGGGCGAUGCGCGAGGCGGCGGAGAGCAAACUGCUCGAGCUGCGACAGAAGUGCAGCAUCGUCAGCACCACCCUCAAGCGGCGCGUGCUGGCCCACCACCACUCCUUUGUGAGCGGCACCGAGAAGAUUCGCAACAUCAACGACAGCCUCCUCAUCACCUCGAGCGACUGCAAAAAGGCUCGGGCGGCCAUCCGCAAGUCGAAGGCGGCAGUGGCGUCGCAGAUAUCGUUGCUGUCGCAGCAGCGCACCAAGGAAAACAUCGAGGUCACCAUUGCGCUGCUGGAGGCAACGAAAUCGAUGUGCGCGAAGCGCACCCAGUUGAUGAACCUAAUUUCCAGCGGCAAGGUGCACGAGGCGGAGGUAUUUUUGAAGCGCGAGGGCGCCAUCGAAAUGGAGAGCUCCUUGGCUGGCAUUUACUGCAUGAAGCCGGUGCUGGCGGAGUGGCGGCUCUACCGCGACAACCCCGGGAAGCUGACGGACUGUAUUGAGGUGGUGCUCACCGACUGCCUCACGAACAAGUUCAUCGUCUCUACGUAUCGCAACGCGCUGGAGGCUGCCCAGGAGCUCGGCAAGGCAUCCGAGACGUGCGCGCUGGUCGCGACGCUGCUGUGGAGGGCCGCGAUUCAGAUCUUGUGCAGGUCGCUGACGGACGUGUCGUUCGUCAAAAAGGAGGAUGCCCCGCUCGCUGACAUCGCGGAGGGCAUCCAUCCUGAUCACCUCAUCGUUGGUGUGCGCCAGAUGGCCGCCAAGCUCAUGGACUUCUUGUACCUCUUUUCCACAGUGGUCCGGCUGCACGAGGAGGAGCGCUACACCGGCUCUCCGUACGCGACGCUGCACAGCCAGGCGCUGCAGCGCGUGCAGGACGUGGGGCACAAGAUCGGCCGCGAUCUUGUUGAGAAGUUGACCGUCGUGCUCUCCAACGCCCGUCUCGCCUCGCUGGACCCGGACCGGGUGUUGCAUCUCUUCGUUGUGGCCGGCAUGCUGACGGAGGCGGUCGCCUCGCUGGGCCUCGACAAGUCGGAGCAGGCCGCCGCUCGCACGCAGACGAAAGCCGUGCUGCUGCGGCACCUGCAGUCGAACUUCCAGUCACUGAAGGCGAACGAGGUUUUGGCCUUCAUGUCCGACGACGACUGGGCCGUAAGCGCCGUCACCCCGCCCUCGCUGAACAUGGUGAAGCCCCUCUCUCCUGAGGCCUUCAGGAACUCCAUCAAGGAGGUGAAGCACUACUUGCAUCAGAGCUCCGACGAGGGGUCACUCGCGGCGGGGGCGAUGCCGUUUAUGGAAAACCCAUUCCUCGCGCAGAAAAUGCUGGAGCCGACCGACACGUCGAGCCUCGUGCAGACGCAGACCUUCGCGGCCUAUUGGACGAGUGCGAAGACCGGCCGCGUGACCGUCGCUGCCGAUGCGGCGGAGUGCGGCUCGCCGGUGGGAAACGUCGUCCCGGGCACAGAGUCGCCCACGGUGAGCAGCUCUGCACCGCUCGUUGUGACGUCGCUGGCCGCAUCGGUGGACAUGCCGCCCACCGUGAUGACCUCCAGCGCGAUUGCCGUGGCGAACGCCUUCUUGGAGUACCAGGCUCGCCUCGCCGUCCGCUUCCCGCCCCUCGCCUCGGACAUUCUCAGCUGGAGCGAGGACCUGCUCUGCCUGUACUUCUACACCGUGCUGGACAGCUUCGUGUCGGUGUCGCGCUCCGUGGCGAUUGAGCACCAGGGCGACUUCUCACCCACCGCACAGCACAUGCUGGCCGAGGUGCGCACCGCUGCCGAGCGCGCCGUGAACGCGUCCAACGGGCAGUACAUCCCGCGCGACAGUCGGGGCCGCAUGAGCGCCGUGGCAGGCCGUGACAGCGCGGGUGCCGCCACCGUUCGCUUCCCUCCACACGUGUGGGGACGCCUACGCAACGAGUUCACGAGCCCCGCCGCGCAGUUCGCAGUGGGCAGCCGUUCCGUGGCCUGCCAGUCGGUGCUCACGUUGGUAUUCUUGUACGAGGCGAUGGUCGAGACGAUGAGCCCGCUGCUGCCGGCCGCCACUGUGCAGUCCUACAUGCAGCGGUGCCGCGCCCUGUACAACACCGCACACGAGGUGCUGCACGUGUGCAUCCACCGGCUGUGCCAGGCCAUCUACCCAAUGGAGAGCACAUGCAGCGAGAUUGCGAAGCUGAAGUCCGGCAAGGACGAGGUGGUGGUGAACCCGUACGUCGCGUCGCUCGUGCGUGAUCUUGGGGCGAUGAAUGCGCGGCGAGUGCCGAUGCCCACCCCGGCCCUGGAGUCCGUCUUUCUGCAGCGUCUUGUCUUCGCGGUGCAGGCGACGCUGGCGCGGGAGUACAGCAAACUGUCCAAGAAGCGCAUGAACGACAUGUUCGUGAUGCAGCUGCAGGUGGAUGUGCAGGCUUUCCAGCAGCAGGUGGCCGCCGCUUUGGGGAGGUCGUCUGUCGUCUUACCCGACUACGUGCUGCGUCUUGUGAAGGCGGGUUUCUUUGCAGGCGACAAGGCGCAGUGCAUGCAAUGGGUGCGCAUGAACCACACCCUAUACUACGCCGUCGACGUGGUCAACUGGCUCGGGGCCGCGGACAAGCCUUUUAAGCUGCAAUUGGAGGAUCUGCUUGGAAGGGAGCUGCGGCACCAAGAUGUGCUCCCAACUGACCACUUCGCCAUGUGA